AAAACGGUUGACGGAAAAGUAAACGGGGUGACAUCUAAAAUAAAAGGCAAUAUUUUAGUUUGAAUUGUUUCACAACUCUGACGUUGAGCUUUAUUGUAAGCAGUUGCUGGCAGUGUAAAUGACAUCUCAGCGCUGUUUGACAGGGGAGGUGUUUACGGGUCGUGUCACGUUUAAAAACUCCUGUUCGACAGUUUGACCCACAGCAGUUGCAAGAGCGUGUUGCAUUAAACUGUUUGAGAACAGGUUUUACCUUUGGCUUUGUACUCAUAAGAAUCAUGGGAAUUUCACAAAUUCAUCUUCUGGCCUUCAUAUCAGUUCUGUCUCUGGCCAGGACAACAACAGUAACCCCAGAACAAGCAAAUGCAUCAGUGACGACAAUGACCACCACUCUUUCAAGUCAUCAAUGGCAAAAGAUGUUCUAUCCAUUUGGCUCAGCAGCGGGAGACACACAAACUCUUGAUGCUGAUAAUGAAAGCUACGUCCAAGUUAACCUGUCCAGCCCAUUUCAGUAUUUUGGGCGGCAGUACCAGCUGAUAUAUGUGAACAACAAUGGAUUCCUUUCAUUCAGCCGAGAGAUACCAGAGAUGGACCCUUUGCUUUUUCCUUACGGAGGUGAAGAUUUAAUCGCUCCUUUCUGGACUGAAAUCGUUGGUGUCAGUGCGUAUUAUCAGGAGUACACAUCUGGAGAUGUGCUCACAAGCGCCACUCAAGAUAUAAACCGCUAUUAUCCUGGUCUGAGCUUUAGUGCCACUUGGGUCUUUGUGGCAACUUGGGACACUCAAGAAGAUAAUACAUUCUCAGAUCUUUCAGUUCCGUUAAUCUCAGUUCAGGUGGUUUUAAUUUCGGAUGGUAGUCGUUCUUUUAUCCUGAUGAACUACGGUGACAUUGAAAUAGGUUUUCAAGGGAAGGCGGGUUAUAGCACAAUAGGCUCCACGCAUUAUUUCGUCAUUCCCGGUUCAACCGAUGGAAACCUCACCCCAAACCUCAAGUACACAACCAAUGUAAACGUUCAAGGUCGUUGGGCUUUCUCUGCAAAUCAAGGCAUUGUACAAUUUGCAGAGACCUUCUAUCCAGUUGGUUUGGCGGCAGGAGACACACAAACUCUUGUUGCUGAGAAUGAAAACUUCGCCCCGGUUAGCCUGUCCAGUCCAUUUCAGUAUUUUGGGCGGCAGUACCAGCUGAUAUAUGUGAACAAUAAUGGACUGCUUUCAUUCAGCCGAGAGAUACCAGAGAUGAACCCUUUGCUUUUUCCGUAUGGAGGAGAAGAUUUAAUCGCUCCUCUCUGGACUGAACUUGAUGACUAUGGUCUCGGUGCAUUCUAUUAUCAGGAGUACACAUCUGGAGAUGUGCUCACACGCGCCACUCAAGAUAUAAACCGCUAUUAUCCUGGUCUGAGCUUCAGCGCUACUUGGGUCUUUGUGGCAACUUGGGACUUUGUUCAAACUUGGGAUGCAAAUGUAUUCUCAAAUCAUUUAGCUCCGUCAAUCUCAGUUCAGGUGGUUUUAAUUUCGGAUGGUAGUCGUUCUUUUAUCCUGAUGAACUACGGUGACAUUGAUGUGAUAGGUUUUCAAGUGGAGGCGGGUUAUGACACAAUAGGCUCCACACAUUAUUUUGUCAUUCCUGGUUCAACCGAUGGAAACCUCACCCCAAACCUCAAAUACACAACCAAUGUAAACGUUCAAGGUCGUUGGGCUUUCUCUGCAAAUCAAGGCAUUGUACAAUUUGCAGAGACCUUCUAUCCAGUUGGUUUGGUGGCAGGAGACACACAAAUGUUUGUUUUCGCUGCUGAAAGUGUUGCUGAAGUUAGCCUGUCCAGUCCAUUUCUGUAUUUUGGCCGCUCGUACAAUCUGAUAUAUGUGAACAAUAAUGGACUCCUUUCGUUCAGCCAAGGGAUACCAGAGAUGGACCCUUUGCCUUUUUCAUCUUACGGAAAUGAAGAUUUAAUCGCUCCUCUCUGGACAGAUCUCGAUGAUUUUGGAUUUGGUAUAGUGUACUAUCACGAGUACACAUCUGGAGAUGUGCUCACACGCGCCACUGAAGAUAUAAAAAGUUAUUAUCCUGGUUUGAGCUUCAGCGCUAGUUGGGUCUUUGUGGCAACUUGGGACUUUGUUAACAUUGGGGAUGAAAAUGGGUUUUACCUGCAUUCAGCCCCGAUAAUCUCGGUUCAAGUGGUUUUAAUUUCAGAUGGAAGUCGUUCUUUUAUCCUGAUGAACUAUGGUGACAUUGCUGUGUUUGGUCCUCAAGCAGAGGCGGGUUAUGGCACAAUAGGCACCACGCAUUAUUUUGUCAUUCCUGGUUCAGACGAUUGGAACCUCAUCCCAAACCUCAAGUACACAAGUAAUGUACAAGUUCAAGGCCGUUGGGCUUUCUCUGCAAAUCAAGGCAUUGCACAAUUUGCAGAGACCUUCUAUCCAGUUGGUUUGGCGGCAGGAGACACACAAACCUUAAUUUCAGAUGACGUGUCUCUUACAGUUGCCCUGUCCAGUCCAUUUGUGUAUUUUGGGCGUGCAUACCACCUGAUAUAUGUGAACAAUAAUGGACUCCUUUCAUUCAGCCAAGCCAUACCUGAGAUGGACCCUUCUUAUGGAGGAGAAGAUUUAAUCGCACCUCUCUGGUCUGAUCUGGAUGACUAUGGACUCGGUGCAUUGAACUAUCACGAGUACACAUCUGGAGAUGUGCUCACACGCGCCACUCAAGAUAUAAACCAGUAUUAUCCUGGUCUGAGCUUUAGUGCCACUUGGGUCUUUGUGGCAACUUGGGACUUUGUUAACACUUGGGAUGCAAAUGUGUUUUUACAUCAUUCAGCUCCGUCAAUCUCAGUUCAAGUGGUUUUAAUUUCGGAUGGUAGUCGUUCUUUUAUCCUGAUGAACUACGGUGACAUUGCUCCACAAUUUUAUCCAGUGAAGGCUGGUUAUGACACAGUAGGCUCCACGCAUUAUUUUGUCAUUCCUGGGUCAAACGAUUGGAACCUUGUCCCAAACCUCAAGUACACAAGUAAUGUACACGUUCCGGGUCGCUGGGCCUUUAUGGCGUAUACAGAAAAUGUAGUAGGACUUCAAAUGAAAGUCACCUCAUAUUUGGACCUAACAGAGAGUGGAAACCUUGCGUUUGUUUUGGAGCAAAUAAAACAUGAGCUGGUUAUUCGCGGCCUGUCAAGUGACGUGCAGCUUUCCGCACGAAGAGUCGAGAAGAACCCGUGAAGGUUUUUACAAACCAGUUUAAGUCUCUGACGGUGGAGAGUCGAGGAAUGAAGCAAAAAGGAAUGUUGCUCCGCAGGAAUGUUUGUGUGCCUUUCACUCUUCAACUCACUUUCUGUUUCUCAUACUCACAUGCACAAAUAAUGAAGAUAAUGAAGUAUUACUCCUUUCUUGUGUUUUUAUUAAUUCUCCGCAAAAAUAAAUCUUAAAUAAUAACUAUUUUUUUGUCUUUGCUUUCGUCUGUGUUAUUUAAUGUCUUUAUUAACUGUAUGUCUUUUACACGCCCUAAAUACUCGCUACCUUUAUAGAUUGCUAAAGGAUAACUGUAAACUACUUUUAAACAACUUUGUAAAUAUUUUUUGGCAGAAAUGAUGCAUUGACACGUCAUGCUGUGCUGGCUAAACUGAAUAAAAGUCAAUAAAACUCC